UCAGAUGUGCAGCUAACAUGGCAGCUCCUAGUAGGAAGCAGAUGUUGAAGUUUCUCUGCCAGUUGGGAGCCUUUAUUUUGACCCGGUUCGGAUUUUGGAACUGCUUCAGUAUGUUGAUGUUGUUUGCUGAGCGGGCUGACUCAAAAAGGAAACCAGACAUUCAUGUACCGUACCUGUAUGUGGACAUGGGGGCUGCGGUGCUGUUUGCCAGCUUCAUGUCGUUCGGGGUGAAGAGGAGGUGGUUUGCGAUGGGCUCCGCCAUCCAGCUGGCCAUCAGCACAUAUGCGUCGUACGUUGGAGGACAGGUGCACUACGGGGACUGGCUGAAGGUACGAAUGUAUUCCAGAGCACUGGCCAUUAUCGGAGGCUUUCUGGUUAUGGCGAGCGGGGCCGGGGAGGUGUACAGACAGAAACCUCGCAGCAGGUCCCUGCAGUCUACUGGACAGGUUUUCCUGGGAGUCUACCUCAUCUGCUUGGUGUACUCCCUCCAGCACAGCAAAGAGGACAGGUUGGCCUUUCUGAACCACAUCGUCGGGGGAGAGAUCACCCUGAUGCUGCUGGUGGUGAUGUUUGGGGUUCUGGCUCUCGCCUUCCUCUCCGGCUGCUACAUCCGCCUGGCUGCUCAGAUCCUGGCCACCCUCCUGCCUCUGGUGAUCCUCCUCAUCGACGGCAACCUGAACUACUGGCACCACACUCGCAAAGUGGAGUUUUGGAACCAGAUGAAGCUGAUCGGACACAACGUUGGCAUCUUCGGCGCUGUGCUGAUCCUGGCUACUGACGGUUGAACGCUCAGGCGCUUUCAGACUUUAUAUCAGACCGAGGUGUCUGCGCAGGAUGAGACUGGUGGUGGUCUUAAAUGUCACAGCCCGGCUGCGCUGAAACUGCAGUCGCUCAGUGACCUCUCAGGAUUCAAACACCUCAAUCUGAGACGGUUGGAUGUAGGCCGUGUCGAUUGUCUUUGCCGACCAGCUGUUAUCUUUGCUUUUGAGGGGGGAAAAAAACCCCACAAGCUUCCUUAUUUCCUCCAAUUUUAUUAAUUUAUUCAGAUACGUGUUUACAUUUUGUCUGUUACGCUCAUAAAUAUGUCACUGAGUGUCGAUGCUGUAUCAUAUCUACAGGGAAAAUACCUUUAGCUCCAUAAUCUUAAAUGAAGUCUUUAAUAGUUUGUUUUAUAGCAUAUGGUUUAAAUAAUUUACAUAUAGGCCUACAAGUAAAGGGAAACAUGAAACUGAACAAUUUGUACCAGUUCAGCUGAUUGAACUGAACUGGUAUUGCUUAUGAAAUGGGAGGUGUACAGUGAAUGCCAUUUUGUAAUAAACACUGUUUAGUUGCUUUUAACUUUUCAUUAAAUUUGAUAAGAACUGCUUUUAUAUCGAAAUAUUGUUCACAUUUUUUAUUAAAUAUAUCGAUUUAGCUAUAUAAUGCUGCACACAAUGCUUUAAACGUUAAGUUUGAUAAUCACCACUUCACCUUUCCAUAAAGACGACAGUGUUGUACAGGAUGAAAGAAUGAAUGUUACUGAUGCUUCAUGGACAGUGAGUCUGUUAGUGUUGGGAAGCAUGAUAAGCAGGAUUAAUGAUUGCAUAUGUUACAUUUCUAAAUGUCAAAUUUUUACUGUUUAAUUUGCCUCGACAAACUUUUCAUGUUACUCAGCACAAAGAAAGAAAAAAGAUAGAAAUAUAAUCAGACGAGCUAUGAUUAUAGGUUUGCCAGUAAAGGAGACACUUCACCUUUGAGCAUUGUUUUUUUCUGUUCAAUCCAGAUAAUUAUGACUGUCGGUUCUUGGGUACAUUUGGAAAUAUGUCAUUGCAUGAGUGUUGGAAGGCUUGAAUCAAAUUAAACACUUUUUUUAUACUGUUCAAGUGUAGGAGUUUCAUCAAAGUGUUAAUAUUACUCCUCCCCCCUCAUUUCCUGGCUGAGAACUGUUACAGUACUUUCUCUUUGAACUGCUGUCGCUGUAAUAAAGUGGCCACAGGUGCA